AUGACGACAAUCCGCCGGUUCUGCUGCGACGACCUCCUCCGCUUCGCCUCCGUCAACCUGGACCACCUCACCGAGACGUUCAACAUGUCCUUCUACAUGACGUACCUGGCGCGCUGGCCCGACUACUUCCACGCCGCCGUCAACCUUGGCGGCCGCGUCAUGGGUUACAUCAUGGGUAAAGUUGAAGGGCAAGGUGAAUCUUGGCAUGGACACGUCACAGCGGUGUCAGUUGCCUCUGAAUUUCGGAGGCAGAAGUUAGCCAAGAAGCUUAUGAACUUACUGGAGGAAAUCAGUGAUAAGAUGGAUAAGGCCUACUUUGUGGAUCUCUUUGUAAGGGCAUCUAACAUGCCAGCGAUAAGGAUGUACGAAAAGCUUGGUUAUGUGGUUUACCGAAGGGUGCUCCGGUACUACUCAGGGGAAGAAGAUGGCCUUGAUAUGAGAAAAGCAUUAUCACAAGAUGUUGAGAAGAAGUCCAUCAUACCACUCAAGAGGCCAAUUACGCCUGAUGAACUUGAAUAUGAUUGA